CAACUGAACAGUUUGCACCUUAUUAAUGUUGUGCAGAUACAUUUACUAUAUGUUAACGUUUCAUCAAAUACGAAAGCAGUAAAUUCGGUGAUUCUAUUCAUAUCAAGUAGGACAGCAAGUGAAACCACAUUUAAAUACAACUGUAUACAGUAGGAAUUGAAUAUAGAACAAGUAGACCAUUGUACAAAAUAAGUAAUAUUAACUGUGGUGAACAGUAGUAAUUUAAAGAACGUUUACUGAGUGAGUGAAUUUGCAUUAUGGUUGUGAAAGUUAGUAUACUAUAAACAACCCUGAACAAAAUGGGAUGCUGUGAUGACAGUUGGGUCCCUGUUGAAAAACACUAAUGAAACAGAAUCUUAAAGAAAUUGCAGGCUGCCAUAAAAAUGUUCACAUAUUAAAAUUUGAUGUGAAGGAUUUUAGCAGCUAUGGUGAAUUCAGCAAAUCUGUAGCAGAUAUUGUUGGCGAGGAAGGACUAAAUGUCCUAAUUAAUAAUGCUGGUGUAUCAUCGAAAUUCACUAGGGUAAACCUAGUGAAAUAUGAACAGAUGAUGGAAAACUUUACAGUUAACACUGUGGCUCCUCUAAUGCUAACAAAGGCCUUGUUACCUCUGCUCAAACAAGCUGCACAAAAAAACUCAGCUGAAACAUUUGGUGUAAAGAAGGCAGCAGUUAUUAACAUGAGUUCUGUCCUUGGCUCCAUUGCAGAUAAUAAACAAGGAGGAUUUUAUCCCUACAGAUCUAGUAAGGCUGCUCUAAAUGCAAUCACACGUUCACUGUGUUUUGAUCUAGCUGCAGAUAACAUUCUUGUAGUGAGUAUGCAUCCUGGUUGGGUCAAAACAGAUAUGGGAGGUACAAAUGCUCCCUUAACUGUGGAACAGAGUGUAGGAAGUAUUGUGGAAACUCUUCUCAAACUUGAUAAGUCACACAAUGGUUGUUUCAUACAAUAUGAUGGAAAACAACUGCCUUGGUAACUCCAUCUACUUAAUCUCUGACAAUGUCACUAAUUUUGCAUUUGGCUGAUAAAUUGUUUAGGUAUUCUCGAGCUUGAAGACAAACAGUGCUACUCUCUUUAUAAAUUGCCAUGAAAUUCAGGAGUGAUGGUUUCUUUAAAAAUUGCGUAGGAAUAUGUAAAAUGGGAUGGUGUGCCUUAAAACCUACACUGGUUAUGGAAAAUUGCAUUCCUGAUGUUGUGUAUAAUCCAUCCACAUCUCAGUUUUGUAUAAUAUACAGUGUAACACUUUGCUCCAGAAAAAUUAAAAUUAGCUUUGAUAGACAUAGGUUUAUAUAAACUAAAAUCUGCCAGAAGAAUGAUAUUCCAUGAAGAGUAAAAUAUCUAUCUAAUAAUAUACUUUUGGAAAACUGUGUUGCUUAACUAUAUGAUUGAUCUGUUUUCUUAUGUCAAUGAAAUUUAUCCAUGUUAUCUUCUAAUGUUGAAAAAAAUUGUUUACAUAUUUAUUGAAAUUUAUACAUCUUGCUAUAUUUCAUAAAUGUAUCUGUUAAAGUGUCAAAGACAACUUCAUGAUGUUCAGUGUACUUUUCUAUCAAAUGAGUGUUCUUUUUAAAUGAAUGAGAAUAUUGAGAAUACUCAACAUAUUUUUGUGAGUAUAAAAAUAGUAAAUAUUAAUCUACUGGUAUGAAUAUUCUUCUGGCAUUAGCUUAGCAACUUCAUCAUCAAGUGAUUCACGUAAUGAUGGUCUUGCAAGUUGAGAGAUUACUGGAAGAUUAAGUUUAAUGGUUUUCAUUCUUAAAUAUGAACUUUUAACUGCUGUCAAAUAAUAGAAGAAUACAUUACCAUUGGUUUGCAAUAUUAAAGUGUUCAGUGCUUUCCUUUGCUAGUAUCCCACAUGUUAUAUUCACAAAUAUACUGUUUUCAAACUGUAGCUUGAAGGGAUUGCUUUACUAGUGGCUGGAUGAUAAGUUCCAUUUUUAUCUUUUAUUGUUAGAGGUUGCUACAUAUUCUGGGACCUAAAGCUACAAUUGCAUGUUAACUUUUUCUUAUAAAGCAGCAGUUAGAUGGUUACACUACAGGAGACAAAAACAGGAUUGCAUUUGUUUCUAUCAAUUUGGGCUGAACAUCUGAUGAACAGUUUGUUGUGUGUUUAUUUUAAAAAAAGAAAGAUAUUUUUCUAUGAAAUAUCAUUUUUGCAGGUUUUAACGUAAAUAUUUAUGCUUUUAGUUUAUAUUAGUUUGAAACAUAGAUAUUGUACUGUUAUUACUUUCUACCUUCUUAGUUAUUUAUGUUGUUUUUUUGUGUGAAAUCUGUUCUUAGGAACUGUAG